CAGAAACCUUUGUUCUGCCUCUCCUUCUGAAAACCGAAAACGGAAUCUAGACCCGUCCAAUGCCUCCCAACGAAUAGCGACCACGACUAACGAAUCCGCGAUCUUUGAGGAUGCUUUAUUGAUUAGAAAUUAGCAGAAUUCAUUCAUUAGGGGCUUCGUUUUUGUACAACACCGAUCGCUACAAGCCAACGGGGACAUCUGGACUGGUUUCUCUCCCGUAAGCUGCUAAAUGGAAAUAAAACACGGAAAUGAAAGUGGAAGCAGUCGAGGUAAUGAUCCCCCAGUCCAGUACCUACGCCUCUUGGCCCCGCCCCUGCAGCUCUUAUCCGCUGCAGUGUGGCAGGUCGUGCAGCAGGGACUCGUGGACCACUAUGGGAUGCUGGAGGAGUUUGUAACCAUGGUGACCGAGCUGGUCCCAGAGCUGAUGAGCUACAGUCAGAGGGCUCAGCUCAUCCUGGGACUCAGAGCCAGGCUAGUUCUGGAGAUGUGUCGGGGUGAGCACCCAGCUGACAUGCAGACCAUCCAGCCUCAUCUGGACAGAAUUAAAGCUCCGGUCAGCACCGCCAAGGAUCACCAUGUAACCAUCAACCAGGUGGAGGAGUCUGAGGUGAACUUUGUAGAGUUGGUUCAUUCAUUGCUGGAGGAUCCCUCUGAAAGAAAUUAUUUCUUUGAGGAAAUCUUCCCUGUGUAUUUUGGCCCCAAGUAUGAUGCAGCACUUGAGAUGUUGGUGUGGGAGUUCAUAUCGCGACUGGAGGAGCUGCUGCCGGUUCCAGACUUCACCCAGAUGGCAGCUUUUCUCAGAGACUCUCCAUCUUUCCUCGACGACUGUUUACAAACCUCUUACACGCCAGAAGACAUGAAGGCGGUCCUCGAACACCACAGAAACCUUGGGCAUUUUAAAGAUAAAGUUCCCCGAUUAUUACCUAUGGAUGACUGCAUCCUCUCCUCCCUGUCUCUGCCUCCGGGCUCCAAACCUCCCACAGACAUCGGCUCCUGCUCACCUGCGUUCAAAGACGCAAACCCUCCAGAACACCAGGAGCAUCUGACAAGGCAACAACUGAAGGAGACGAGAGCCCCCGAUUCUCAGGAGAGGGACUCACGAACAUGUGAUGAAACUAUCGACCUCACUACGUCCAAUGAGACUGUCGACUCAGACUCAGCAGCCAGUGACAACAGCCACAGCUUGAGAGGAGGGCGGGUUCUCAGGAAGAGGAAAGCAAGUGGGGGUGUGGACAUUCCCAGCAAACAGCCAGUGGAUGCCGCAGCUUUUCUAAAUCCAUCCUUGGAAGAUGAGAAUUCAGGUGAAUCUCCUCUAAUCUCCAUAUGGGGAGAUUAUACAGACUCUCAGGAAGGCUCUCUCCCAGUCUUAACCGACUCAAAAGUUCCCUGGUCGGACGAGGAGACUCUCCACCUGCUCGACAUCUGGGGCAAAGACUCUAUACAGCGAGCUUUGAAGGGCUGCUUGAAAAACCGUCACAUCUUCACACAGAUCGCACAAAAGAUGGCCGAGAGAGGCUACAUGAGAUCAGUGGAGCAGUGUCAGACCAGGAUCAAACGGCUGAAGAAAUGCUUCAGACAGAACAAUAAGGGAAGCUCCAGGCUGGAGUUUAAGUUUUAUGAGCAGCUGCAGAGAAUACUAGACUCGACGGCUCCCUCAGCUGUUCCUGAGGUGACCUACGAUGUUGAAGAGGUCUAUGAUGAAGAGCGAUCCCUAGAUGGAAACGAUGACUUGCAGUAUGUCAGCCAGACAAGCCGACUGGAAAUUGGGACCAGAAGUGUUCCAUGGACGGACUUGGAGACGUUGACCCUCAUCAACACAUGGAGUGAAGAUAGGAUGCAGAAGCAGCUAAGAGGAAUCCACAGAACUGGUCACAUUUUCUCUGUCAUCUCCAACAAGAUGGCCGCCCAGGGCUUUUCCCGGACACCAGACCAGUGCCAAACCCGGAUGAAGAGGCUGAGAUCGAGUUUCAGGCAGUGCUACCAAAACAACAUUAGUGGACAGGAGCCGGUUUUGUGCAAGUUUUAUAACGAGCUGGGGAGUGUUCUGGUGAAGGAUUUCCAGUCGGUGCUGCAGAUGGAGGAAAUGCCUUCAGAAGAACCUGAAGAUAACGACACCCCCUCCUUUUCAGAGCCAGAUACAGAGUCUGCUGUUGGCGGUCAGGAAGACAGAAAGAAAGUCCCGUGGUCGGACAAGGAGACCAUCAUCCUUCUGGAGCUAUGGGGAGACCAACAGGUCCAGCAGAGCAUAAGGCGCUACCCACACAAUGGUCAUCUUUUCACCGAAAUAUCAGAGAAACUUAAUGCUAAUGGCUACUCCCGCACUCCAGAACAGUGCCACACCAGGAUCAAACGUCUGAAAUCAAACUACCGGCAGUGUCGGGAAAAUAUGAGCUCAUCUGGGCCUGACAGAGUGGACUUCAAAUUCUAUGACCUGCUGGAACAAAUCCUGGAAAAGCAGCCGUCAACAUCUUCCAUGAUGUUAACAGAUUCCAUUGAAAUAUCGGAGGACUCUAACAGUGAAGUGGCUGAAGCAGAUGGAGACAUCAACAUGUCCACAGAGAAACCAGCAACAGGCUCGUGGUCGGACGACGAGACCCUGACACUGAUCGAGAUCUGGGGCGUUCAGGACGUUCAGAGGGCGCUCAGGGGUUUUGUCCACAACGGGCACGUUUACGCUGAGAUUUCUGAGAGGAUGCAGGAGCUCGGCUACUUUAAAACACCGGAGCAGUGCCGCUGGAAAGUCAAGUCACUGAGGAACAACUUCAGACAGUGCUAUGACAGGAAGAAAUGUGGAAAAAAAGUGGAUUAUAGAUUCUACAACCAAAUGGAGCAAAUACUCGGACAGGAGGCAGUUUCUAUGGAUGAGUAUGAUGAAAGAGAUGAACAACCAGACCUGGAUCCAGAGUCCAGUGCAGAUGGUGUGAACACAGCAUGGACGGAGCAGGAGACCUGCGCUCUGGUGGAGGUGUGGGCUGCAGAUGACGUGCAGUAUAGCCUGAAAGCCUGUGUACGAAACGGGCACAUAUUUGCUGAUAUAGCUGACAGAUUGACCUCCAUGGGGUACCCGAGGAAUGCAGAGCAGUGUCAGUCUAGAAUCAAACGGUUAAAAAAGGCUUACAGGAGAUUCUGCAACAGCCGGAGAAGUGGACGUCCAUCUGCAUUUCGAUACUUCCACCUUCUUGCUCCCGUGCUCGGAGAUAGAUCCAUGUUUAAUGAUCAGGACUUGACCCCUGCUGACUCAAUCUUGCCACCCAUCAUGGACAUGGAUCCAGAUAUAUACGAUCAGCCGUCAAGCAGCCAACUCCUGACAGACCUGAGCAAAAAGACACCAUGGUCGGAAAAGGAGACUCGCACCCUGCUGGAGAUCUGGGGCGAUGACGGCGUCCAGAUCACCCUGAGGGGCAGCCAGAAGAACCGUCACGUGUUUGAGUACAUCUCUGAGAAGAUGAGCGACCAAGGAUUUAUACGCACGUCUGAGCAGUGUUACACCCGCAUCAAACGCCUUAAACAUGGCUUCCUGCAUGAAAGGGAGGAGUUUAAAUUCUUCCCAGAGAUGGAUAAAAUCUUCAGAAAGGAGCCAGAGGUGGAUGAACCACUCGCUGAAACGUCAGUCCCAGAUGAUAUGGAGGACUAUGAAGCAGUUUCUAGUCAAAAGAAAGGUACUCAGUGGACACCUGAAAGUUCCAAGCUGGUCUGGGGAGACGGAGAGACCGAGGCCCUCCUGGACAUCUGGGGGAGCGAAGAGAUCCAGGAGGGCCUGAAGAGCUGCACCAAGAACAAACACAUCUUCAUCCAGAUUUCUGAGGUGAUGAACAGCCAGGGCUACAUGCGCACUCCAGAGCAGUGCCAGACCAGGAUUAAAAGACUGAGGGCAAACUUCAGACAGUUCCUCGAAGGCAGAAAAGGAGACAAACAGGAGUGCAAGUACUUCGACCAGUUAGUGCGGGUAUUUGGAAGCAAAUAUGUCAUAAACAACGACCCGCUGGCUGACGACAUGACUGAUGUUUUAGAGACCUGAAGCUGUCCUUCACUGCUGAGUGAAAUCAAGAGGAAGCAGUAGCAGUGGAUUACCAGAGAAGUGUCCAGAGGAAAAGUGAAAUAAAGGGAUGCUCAUGUAGAAAUUAUUACAUUAAAGGCUGUUGUUGUUUGCAGAUGAGGGCCUGCUCAUUCUUGCUCCAGUCUUUGCCUCUGUAUGAUUUAUACUUCUACUUUCUUUAUAGACAUGAGCUAGCUACAGUUUUUUUAUGUUCAUGAGCUAGCUACAGUGUUUUUAUGUUCAUGUGAGUCUUUAUUCCCUCCACCAGAGUGUCUUUGUAAUUAAAACAAGAGCCAUGACAUUAAACCAGGAAGCUCAGGGCUUGAGGGAUUAUAUUGAUUUAAAAAAGGGGUCAUGUGAAAUGUUGUUCUCCUCCAGAAAAACAAUGUUUGUACUUGUAUUCAGCCAUUUUUUACUUAAAGUGAGGAGCACAAGUGAAAAGAAACGUGCAAUGUCUGAUGUAAUUUUGCUUUUCGUCUUAAUUUAUGCCUCACUUGUGAAUUCUUUUGUUUGAUUUGAAAGGUUGAAUUUUAUUGUGCUCUGUAAGAGUUUCUUUUCCACGUUUAUUUAUUUAAAUUAUAAUUUGUUACAUGUAUUAAAAUGUUGCAGAUAAUUUGGAAUAUGUUACAUUUCAAACUUUAUUAAAGCACAUUUUUUGUACAAAAGUGCCAAGGCUUCAUAAAGGCAAAGUCAAAUGUUGAAUCAAGGGUGA